AUGUCAAGUGUACAAGAACAAGAGUUACCAGAACCAGACCAUUACAACGAUGUUAUGAGUGGUGACGGUCAAGAUGAUGAUGAUGAUGUUGAGAUGCUAGAUUCUGUGAAUGAGGAUCCAACUGUUGGUUGUGCACCUGCACAAGUUGCACGUGGAAAGAAAAAUAGACUUAGAUCCGAAGUUUGGGAAUUUUUUAAACUCGUUAAGUAUAAGGAUGGUACAACGAAGGGGGUGUGCAAGGAUUGUAAUGUAGGAUAUAAAUAUGAAAGCCAAAGAGGUGGAACCUCAGCCAUGAAAAGGCAUAAGUGCAUUAAACGUCAGUCUAUGGACGUAGGGCAGAUGAUAUUAGCUUCACAAAAUAGCCAGCUGUCUACCCGUGUACGCAAGGUUGAUCAAAUGAAAUUACGGGAUUUGUUCUCAGCUUUACUCAUUGCAAGAAAUGUUCCAUUUGCUUUGGUGGAGUGGAAAGAGUUUAGGGAUAUAUGUGCUUAUUUAAAUGAUGACUUUAAACCAAUAUCAAGGAAUACUGGGAAAGCCGAUGUGGUAAAGAAACAUAAAGCACAAAAAGAAGUUAUUCGCAACAGAUUGAAACUUGCUCCAGGUAGGAUAUGUCUAACAUCAGACAUGUGGACUUCUGUAACAACUACUGGAUAUAUAAGCUUAACUGCGCACUAUCUUGAUAAAGAUUGGGUAUUGCAAAAGAAGCUUCUGAAUUUCUCUCCCCUUCCACCACCUCAUACAGGUGAACACCUUUCUUCUAAGUUAUUUGCAACGAUAGAAGAUUGGGGAAUUGAAGAAAAGCUCUUAUUGUAA